AUGCGACAUUCGCCGCCAUCUCAGCGCGAGCAUACGCGUCCCGGCUGCCUUGAAGACACUUUUGCCUCAAUCUUGCACCACCCUUUUCGUCUCGCCGCCGUCUUGUUGCCGUCCCGUCGUGGUAGGCAAAUCGGUCUGCCCAUGCCUCGUACAUUCCCUCCUGGCAACCUCAGUGCCUCUCUCUCUCUCUCUCUCUCUCUCUUUAGCUCCGUUAGCAUGUGCUUGCUCAUGUCAUGUCCACUCCCAAACCGGUCAUCGGCCUGUUCGCCUCUAUUUUCCCAUUCCUUCUGGGUCUGUCUGUACGUUGAAAGGAGCCUUUCAUUCGUAAGACAGUCCCUCAACGAGGCAGCGAAACGUCGCGGUCUCCACCUCUUCCAUUCCCUGCACUUACCACUUGCUUUCUACAAAUUUACUGGCCAGCGUGUCAUCUGCCAGACUCAUCCGCUCUACGCCAACUAA